CUGCCUUGUGCUAUACCUUAGCGCCCUCCUCACGGUCCCCACCUCCGCCUCCCGUUUCCUUACCAUGCAGAGCGACGACGUGAUAUGGUCGGUGAUCAACCACCAGUUCUGCUCCUACAAAGUCAAAACGACGACGCAGAAUUUCUGCCGGAAUGAGUAUAAUGUGACGGGGCUGUGCAAUCGGCAGUCAUGUCCCCUGGCGAACUCGAGAUACGCGACGGUGCGGGAGCAGGAGGGCACACUAUACCUCUUCGUGAAGACGAUUGAGCGCGCGCAUAGUCCGGCGCAUAUGUGGGAGAGGAUAAAGCUGUCGAAUAACUACACGAAGGCGCUGGAGCAGAUCGACAACGAGCUGCAAUACUGGCCGAACUUCACGAUUCAUAAGUGCAAGCAGAGGGUCACCAAGAUCACGCAGUACCUCAUCAAGAUGCGGCGGAUGAAGCUCAGGCAGCAACCCAAACUCAUCGGCAUCAAGAAGAAGCUCGACCGCCGGGAAGCCGUGCGCGAGCGCAAGGCCCUCUCCGCCGCGCACCUCGAGAAGUCGAUCGAGAAGGAGCUGCUCGACCGGCUCAAGAGCAAAGCGUACGGCGACGCGCCGCUCAACGUCAACGAGGCCGUCUGGCAGGCCGUGCUCGACCGCGAGAAGCGCGCGGAGGCGGGCGACAAGGACGAGCUCGAGCUGCUUGACGAAGAGAGCGAGGAGGAGUUGGAGGACGAGGAGGAGCUCGAGGACGAGGAGGGGUGGGGCGACCGGGAGUUCGUGAGCGAUCUGAGCGAGAGCGAGGAUGGGUUGAGUGAUUUGGAGGAUGCGGCGGAUGAGUUUGGGGAAGCGAGCUCGGAUGAGGAGGGUGAUGAAGAUGAUGAGGCACCAACAAAACCUGCGCUUGGCAAGCGGAAAGCGGACACUAUACCCAAGGCGAAGCCGCCAAAGAAGCGGCCAGAAAAGAAGCCCAGACGCGGAGCCAGAGUCGAGGUUGAGUACGAGCAGGAGAUGGAGAGCGUGCCUUUGUCGAAGGAGGCGUUGGCAAACUGGUAGCUGUUCUGUGUGUAUGUUGUGCUGUAUACUGUGUACUUUCAUGGCUGUGUCAGAGCCGGGGUAAUGCUUGCUCUUCACCUCCAUCUGCGAACACAUCUUCCGGUUUGCUUCCUUCUCUUUCCCUCUCCGUCAUUCACA